GGACGCUAUGGCUGACAUGGACAGGCUGGUGGAAGUGGAGCUGCUCAAAAGUCUGGGCGACGUGAACUUGGAGAAGGGAAGACUCGGGAAGGACGUAGGGAAGUUCAACAUGGCCUUGGCGCUUUACAUAGCUGCUGUGGUCCGGUGUGACAAUCGGGAUCAAGGAGAAAGUAUAGAACACCGAUACGAAUACACGGAGAGGCUUUUACAAGGGUUGUCGUCAGAGGGGUCACAGGGUCAGUCAACUGAAGACAAUGAAAUAACUACAACUGCAAAGUUGGCGGGAAUGUUUCAAGACCUGGACAAGAGACGAGCUGCCGGCGGUAACACAGACUCUGUGCUGGUUGGAUACGCACAGUUGAUGGUAGAGGGAAUAGUAAACGACAACAGCAUGUUAGAAACAGAAGCGAUCAAGAGUAUCGGUGACGUGUACCUGAAAAGAGGAACAGAAACUGGAGACACAAAAGACUUGACCAGAGCUUCUGCUCUGUACAACAAGGCACUGGCGCGGUGUCACAACGUUCAGAGAACAGUUGUCCUUGUCCACCGCUUACUGCACACCGCAAAAAUCAGGCAAGACAUCACCUCAAGAGACAUCAAGAGACCAACUCGUACGCAACAGCAAGACGUAGGACGACGGAAGGACCACUUCCGUCCACUUUCACACUCAAGUGACAACAUUAAUGGCGGGAAGCACCGUCUACACAGUGUCCCGGAACCGCAGAAAGCUGAAAAAACGACUCGAGUUGACGAUGACAAUGAAUACGAAGAACAUCUCCAUGCUGGCUGCAGGGCCCUGCAGACUGGAGACCUGGACACAGCAGAACAAAGCGUUGCAGCUGCGCUCAAGUCUGUUCAAGUCAAAGGUGGAGAAAGAAAGAAAAAAGAGGCAGAGUCCCUGUACAAAUUGGGCGGUGUCUAUCUGAAGAGAGGAAUCCAGUCAAAGGACGGGGGCGACUUCACCAAAGCUGCAGCACUCUGUAAUGCAGCACUGGUAAGGUCAAGGAGAGUAGAUAUAGCGAAGGCAAUCCGGGAAAUAACUCAAGCAUUUGUUAAGGAAGUCCUGAAGAUAGAACAGAAGGAAGACAGUGAUGAUACAGAGAAACACAAAUUGAUGCUGAAAGCUGAUAGGGACUACGUAGAAAAGGAGUUAAAAAGAAUUGAACAAGAGGUAGACCCAUAUAGCCUUGAUGACGAGGACCCAAAGAUAAAAGAAGUGGAGAUGAAGAGAGUGGAAGAAAUCGAAGCAUUGUUUCAGACACUUGCUGAUCAGCGCUCUCACUGCCAGCUUGCUGAAUGUUAA